UUUUUAUUUCCUUCCAUUUCAAUCCAAAAUGGCAGCUUCUUCUUCUUCUCCUCUCUCCAUGGCUGCUUCAUCUUCUUCUCUCUGCAACUUUAAGAAGUUUUCAAACCUCUUCUUCCCCACUUCCCACUUUCCUCCAUCUUCAAAACCCAAAAUUUCUCUCAAGCUCAAAACUCUACUCCACCCCACUUCCCUCCACUUCUCCCUCACUCAUUUCGCUCACUUUCGCCGCCUAUCUUCCUCAUUUGAAACAUUUCAUUUCUCUGAAGAUGAAAACCAAGACGUCCUAGAAGCAGAAACUGAACCAGACACAGAAACAGAGCCUGAAACAGAAUCAGAAUCAGAGCCUGAAACAGAGUCAAAAGUGGCAGAGGCUAGUGAAGAAGGAAGACUUUACGUUGGAAACUUGCCUUAUUCAAUGACUUCUUCUCAGUUAGCUGAGGUUUUUGAGGAGGCUGGUCGUGUGAUUUCUGCUGAGAUUGUUUAUGAUCGAGUUACAGACAGGAGCAGAGGUUUUGGCUUUGUAAUGAUGGAGAGUGUGGAAAAAGCUAAAGAAGCAAUUCGUUUGUUUGAUGGUUCUCAAAUUGGAGGCCGGACUGUGAAGGUAAACUUCCCGGAAGUGCCAAGGGGAGGGGAGAGGGCGGUCAUGGGACCAAGAAUACGGAGCAGUAACCAGAGCUUUGUUGACAGCCCUUACAAGAUCUAUGCUGGAAAUCUUGGUUGGGGUCUCACCUCACAGGGUCUUAGAGAUGCAUUUGCCAACCAACCAGGGUUGUUGAGUGCCAAGGUCAUCUAUGAGAGGGACACAGGUAGAUCUCGAGGAUUCGGGUUUAUCUCGUUUGAAACCGCUGAGGAUGUAGAAUCUGCCUUAAACACCAUGAACGGAGUGGAGGUUGAAGGGCGACCUUUACGAUUAAACGUUGCUGCUGAAAAAGCUUCUGCUCCUUCAGUGCAAGCAUCGGAUAGAAACACAGAAAGCAGUCUUGACAGUAGUGAUUUAUUUUCUAGCAUCAGCACCUAAAAAGUGUAUCGAAUAUCAUGGGAGUAUUCUGUGAAAAUAUUACCUUCUGUGACUAAAUUUUGACUCUUAUUAUUUACAAAAUAGUUCACCCUAAUCGGAGAGCGACAAAAAUGUGAAAGGACAAGCUUAUGGUAACGGUCCUUUUGUUCUGGGUUGAGUGUAUGUAAAUGUUUAUUGUACAAGAGAAUUACUGCAAAUUGUAGCAAAGCAGAAUUUUACUCUUAUUUAUUCAACAAGAUAUAUAGAGUGGAUGCAUAGUUCUUGAUUUA